GAUCCCCUGUCUCUGGUGUUGCUGCCUGCUUCAGGAGGGAGGAUCAGGCCCACUCUGGUGUUGAUCUCUGUUCUCCAAGAAGAUGGCCAAGGGCGGCAUCUCCCUGCGCUCCCUGGACAAGGCACUGAACAGAGUAGAAACCAGGCUGCAAACCGUGGAGGCUCGGUUCACAGAGCUGGACUCAAGUUUGCAGAAUCUAGCCCAGAAGUUUGAGCUGCAGGCUGAGACACUGGAGAAGAUGAGCCAGGACACCGUGUGGACGUGGGUGCCCGGGGAGAGGCUGGGCCGGGAGGAGGAGCGAGCAGCCGAGCGGCGGGAGGAGCAGCCGGUCAGCGCGGGCCGGGGCGGAGCGAGCGGCGGGCGGGCAGGCGCGGCGGGGCGGCCAUGGCGGGAGGCCGCGGCCUUGCGCAGCGCCGGGCCCCGGCCCGCGGAGCCGCAGCUCGUAUUUCUGGGCUACGUGGAAAAGCUCUGUGAGGAGCCCUGGUGAUAGAAGGGGUGGAUGAUCCUGACCAUUUUCAGCUGUGCAAGAAGGUGCUGAAGUGUUUGAACUCCUUGGUACUGAUGUUGCACUAGCCUUGCUCCUCGACCUCGAGUCAGCAUGUCGAAGAGAUCGGAGGCUCCUCUUUCCCUGUCUGACUGCCUGUGCCAGAUUUGCAUGGAGAUCUUUGUGGAGCCUGUGACCCUGCCAUGCAACCAUACCCUCUGCAAUUCCUGUUUCCAGCUGACUGUUGAAAAGGCCAGUCUUUGCUGCCCUUUUUGUCGCCGCCGGGUCUCUUCUUGGGCACGCUACAACGCCCGCAGAAAUACUCUCAUCAACUGGGAGCUCUGGGAAAAGAUUCAGAAGAGUUACCCAGAGGAGUGUGAACGUCGGAUUAACGGGCAGGAUCUGGAAGAGGAAAUCUGUGUCCCCCAUCCUCAACACCAGCUGAGCAAGCCUGGGGAACUGAGGCAGGAGUAUGAAGCAGAGAUUAGCAAGGUGGAAGCAGAAAGACGAGCACAUGAACAAGAGGAGAACAAGGCCAGUGAGGAAUACAUCCAGAGGCUCCUAGCAGAGGAGGAGGAGGAACAACACAGGCUGGCAGAGGAGAGACGGCGGGAGAUGGAGGAACAGCUGAAGCAGGAUGAAGAGCUGGCCUGGCAGCUGAGUAACAGCCUGAAUGAGAGUUCCCAAGGACACGUGCUCAGGAGUCCAUCCCCAGCAGGCAGGCUCUCAUCUGAAACAUCCCCAGCUAAUUCAUGCAAGAUGAAGAACAAACCAAACAACCCAGGAGACAUUCAGAAGUAUCUGUCUCCAAAGCUUCAUCAUACAUUGGGAUCAGCAUCAUUUUCUAGAACAACAGAAAGAGGCAGGAGGGACUCUGGCUCUGUGGAGACCAGUAGCAAAGAAGGCAACAGUUCUGCAUGGCAAGAUGAGCAAGAGGAGAUGCCAACACUGUCUCCACAGCAGACUGGUGUGAUUAAAGAUUCCAGUGCUAAGGAUUCAUUUUUGGAAUCAUGCAUGAACUAUUUAAGUGCUUCAGCUUCAGGGGAAACUGUUGCUGUCAUGCAGGAAAACACACCAGGACCAGAUGGUCUAGGAGAUGAUGAAGUUCCAGAUGCACUUCAUGGAAUUGCAAAAGGGUCUAGAACAGUUCUUCUUAGGUCCAAAGGAGAAGAUGAUGGAACUGAGACAGACAGUGCCAAUUCAACACACGUAGAAAGCAUAAAGCUUGAAAACUCUGCUGAAACCUGUACCCAUGUUCAGUCAGCAACAAAUGCUGUGGUGCCUGACAGGGCAAGUGUGGUGUGUGAUCUCAGGAGGGUGGCAGGGCAUUCGGAUGGACAGGCACCAGAGGAACCCCAGAACUCUAAGGAGACUCCAAAAAGAAAGUUGCUGGAGCCACCAGCUGAAGCAGUGGUUGACUUGUGCGUGCUUGAUAAGAGGAGAAGAACUUUUCCAGAAAGUGUAGAGGACCAAGGGGAGCAGCUAAAUGAUUUUGACUUGCAAAUGCACAAAGCCCUUGAGCAGGAGUUCUACAAAAGGCGUAUGCAAGAGGAGCAGGACAGGCUUCUGGCUCUGCAGCUGCAAAAACAGAUCAACAAGGAGGAGAGGACACUGAAUCGACAGAAGGGCUCCCCAGACGAGUACCUUCUGCGCACCAAGCCACCCCAGUUUGGGAAAGACUCUCCUGCUAGGAAGGGAAACUCUAAGAUGGCAAAAGAAUCCAAAGCACCAAAAAACCAGGCUGAAACAAAUCACCGCAAGACUCGGAGAGGCUCUUGCAAUGAAAACUGGCAGUCCCCUACCAGGGUCAGGAUGAAAUCCCCCAGCAUCAAAGGAGGAAAAGUUUUGAAUUGUGUGGUUAAUACCAGUGACUCAAAUGACCUUUGCUCAUUACCUAAGAACAAGCAAAAGACAAUCCUUCAAAUGUUUAAAAGCUCUGUUGCAGAGUAGAUCAACAGGCACGUGUUGGAAGGAGAAUUAAAACCAUGGUGAUGCUUGCUCCUGUGUUUGGCAAAGCUUCCUGUCAACUCUUUUCAAGUUGUUGGUUUUGAGGGGGGUUGCUUUGGGUCCCAAAGUGUUGUGUAUUCUGAGGAGUUUUAAUAAUAUAUGUCCCCAGACUAAAACAUUUUCUUCAGUACAGCUUAUUUUCCAGCACCUGCAUUUACAGCAGUUUGGACGUGAAUACCGUCAGUGUUUAAAAACAAAAUAACUGAUGGUUUUAGCUUGGAAUGAGAAUUUAGAGCCUUUUAUGGAAAGGAUGCACAUUGCAUGGGGGGAGGAAAUAAGCCCAAAAAAUUUAAGGAAGGUCUGUAUUUCCAGUUGUCUGCCAACUGUAAGGCUGAGGCUUCACUUGGCACAACUCUGUUACACUGAAAGAUGUUACUGGGAUGUCAGCUGUUUGUUGACUGGCAUCACAGUUAACCAGUAUAACUGGACAGGAGUCUUGCAGAUUCACUCUCUCCCUCCCUCUCUCAGAUACUAAGCCCUUUCUUAGACAGACAAGAGGGGAAAAACCAGGUUGUCCCACUGCCAAAGCCAAGGAUCUUUUGCCAGGAGUGUCAGUGGUUGUGGGUUUGUGUUCACUGAGGUCACUCUGCAGAUCUGAGACUCCCUGUCCUUAAGAAAAAGAUACUUUUGUUUUCCUCUUGCUGGUGUUCUGCAACUUUAUUCUUGUAUGGUAAUACCUCUUAUAUUUAGGGCUGUUUAAUUUUUAUACUCAAAAAGUAUAAAUCUGUUUGAGUCUGUUUAAAAACAAUAAUAUGAAAAAAAAAAAAAAGGCUAGUCCAGAAGACAGUUAUGGUAAAGUUAAACCAGAAGGGGGGGAAAGCAGCUGAAAACUGGAUUUUUCAGUAAUAACUAUAAUUAAAGAUUCAUGUAGCUACCAUCUCUGGCUGUAACUGUGCCCCCUCCCCUCCAUUUUUUAGAGGGACUACCAGAUACUGUCUUCCAGUUGAGUUUAAAACUGACAUAGUUCAAAAUAUUACAAUUUAGAUGAAAGGAAGCUGAGGCCUGGAGGAAGCUGAGGCUGAAGAGCUGACCAGCUGCUCCCCAGCAGAGGAAGUAUUCAUGCUAGAUGGUUCAUCUGUUAACAAUUCGAAACCCACUUUUUGGCCUUUUUUUCGUUAUGAGAUACUUUUCCAUUGUAGGUUUUUGAAAGAGAGCAAAGCAACCAUCCACCAAAGUUUGCAAAUGUUUGAAAAGUGUCCUUUUGGGUUUUUUUUAAACAUCAUUGAUGUUGAUGAGCUAUAGAGUUUCACUUGGUUCUGGGAAAUUUGGAACAAAAUACUUCAAAGCAGUAUCUUCUAAUACUGAAAGGAUUUAAAACAAAGAAACAACAACCUGAAAUUGUAUUGCAAGCAUGAACAGCACACUGAGCCCAAACUGGAACUGUUUUUUUCCUUUGCCUGCAUGUCUCUGUUAAUGGUGGGUUUCUCAUAAAUAAAUGAUCUAUUCUAAGAUGCUUUUUGAGAAAGUUACAAGUGCCCAGCUGCAAAUCAUUCCUUUUUCCUCUUGCUGCCUCAACCAUUGUCCCAGCAGCCUUCCUUCAAUAUAGAGCUGUUUCUGUUUAAUCCUCACCUUUGUUCAAGCUGUUUUCUGUUUAAUCCUUACCUUUGUUCAUGUUGUUUUCUGUCUUACUGGUGUUUUCAUACUGGUGACACUUGGCCUUUCCAGUCAUGAUAAGCACAUAAGAAGUAAACUCCUAUUUUUCACAACA